UACCUCAUGCAGCGGUGUGGAAUCAUUAAUGGCAUACUUCUGCAAAUUGUCCCAGCCUAUGCGACGCUUGUGACAAAGAACAGGGCGUUCAUUGGCGAUCUUGUGGGACGGAAUGCGAUUUCACAUUCAUCCAGUAGCUAUGAGAAGAUGGCUAGUACAUAUUGCUUUGCGAUCUGGUACGCAGACCAACGGGAUCACUAUAAUGCCACACGGUCCUGUCGAAUUUCUGUUGUGUCAAAGAUCUCAACCAAUACCGCAUUCACAAACCGCAACUUAGAUACUCCUUCGCUACCGCUUGAUCCAAGAUCUUCUGACGUGUUGGCAGCAGUGAUUAUCGUCGAGGACAGCCAACAUGAAGCUGCUACUCGUUGGAGCAGCGGUGAACGCAUACGUUGCCUACGCGGAGACUGGUUGCUGUUUCCACGCAACGGCAGAUGGAGGUCCUGGCGGCAUCGUGGAGCAGCUCUUCGAUGGACAGAAUCGCAUUGGACAGACGGGGCUGAAAGAGGGAGAAUAUUGUAUCAAUACUCAAGGAGGAUUGGUCGACAGUAGCGGAAGAGGAUGUAUUUUGACUCCUCCUACCUCGCAAUGGCAGUGCGACGCGGGAGCACAGCCGAGCAAAGGCUUCUAUGUCGGCGCCGAUGGUACUCUGGGCUACAACUCAUCCACACAGUUCUGGACCUGCCCGACUGGAGACAAUGGAGGUUGGAACAUUUAUGGCAACCAGCCUAUUCCAAAUGAGCCGAAAUGCAUUGCCACAAAGCUCUUCGCAGACAAGUGUAAAACCUCUGAGCCGCCCGCCGAUAAGCCAGCUCCGCCGCCGUCUUCGCAAUGUCCAGGAUAUUUGCCAAAGGCAUAUGAGUUUCCACACCUUAUCGUUCCCGUCGACGAAGCUGAACGCGACAAGUGCUAUGGGACUAGCUACAACGGCACCGCUGGACGAGGCCUUUCGUCAGUCUUCAACUUCGACAUUCCAAUGGCGGCAAAGGGCAAGAUUUGUGGGUUACACCUUGGAUAUCAUUACUCUGGUUCGAUAAAGGCACUGACAGAUGUUCAAUCAAAUCCAGGUGACAUCAGAUUCUUGUUCCCGACUCAACGCCAAUUGGAAACAUCGGCCUACACCUUCGCUGACAGCAGUGAUGGCUUCAAAUUCGCUUUGUUGAGUGAUGCCGCUACAGAGCAAAGCACCUUUGCCAAUUUGCCCAGAGUGAAGCAAGACCUGGGUCAACAGGCUUUGGCUCCGGGAGCAGCUUUCGACAUUGCGUCCAUGGCAUGUCCUGCUGGUGAGCGAAUCUCUGUCUGGCUCCAAGCCAAAGGAAUUUCAUACAUCGACUUUUUCCAGGACUACAACCCCUGCCCUAUCGGGCUGUACAUUAUUCCACACUGAGAACAGUGAUCCUGAUGAUGGAAUGAGCAAGUCUAUACUUGAGAUUCGUAGUGUACUGACGUAUUGUUGAAAUCGAGAUGUU